GAUGGCGGAUGUCGGGGAAAGCUGUAGGCAUUUGUAAGAAUGCAAACAAGGUGCUAUCUCACAGAAAUCCUCUCAACAAUGACUCUACGAUAACGCUCGUCACAGAGAUUCGGACAUUUUACAAAGCUUGGAUGCAAUGGCGUCAAAUAUGAGGGUCUUCUCAGAUCUAUUCAGCUGGCGUAGAACGACAACUGUUCAAAAAAUGCUUGUGAUAGCCGUUGGAUUAGUAAUUGUAUCGUUCUUAUCAAAUUUCUGGUCAUUGUGUGUGGCAUAUCUUCUUGCGUUACCGUUUACAUGGAAACUACUUCAUCUCAUCAUGAAGCGGAAGACCCCGGCUCCUUCUGACAAGCUCUUGUUAGCUUUGCAGACGAUCAACAGAGUGAAACAAGGUAUCCUCGCCUUGGGUUCACCCCAGAAAGAAGUAAAAGAAAGAUCACCGUCUUACAAAGACACCAAAGGAACGGCUCCUACUUAUGGUGUUGACAUCGGGCGUGCAAAAGAUGUGUCAACUUUGAGAGGUCAAACUAUAGAGGGUGAAGUCAGUAUUUUUGUAAAAUAUGUCAUAAGAGACUUUGUUCAGUCAUGGUAUGAGGACUUUAGUCAUGAUGCUCAGACACUGAAGGAAUCUCAGCAGAUUUUACACGUGGCUGCUUUCAGUCUUACUAAACGAGGCCAAAGAAUAAACCCUCAGCGACUCACUAGGGAUCUCUUAGAAUUGUUUACUCAGCAUCUGUCGACAUUCCAAGUAGCCAGAUCAGUUUUUCUAAGUCAAAGAAGGGGAUCAAUGAAUACUUCUACAAGAACAUGCGAGACCCUGGAAGAAGCAUUUGAACAGAAAAUCAAAUUCCAUCCAGCAUUAAAAAAUGAUGAAAGUGAAAUGAAUUUUUUGAGGAGUUUGUCAAAAUUAUUAUUGACACAUAUUCUACCCGCCAAUAUACACACAUUUCGGUCACCUAUUGUUAUAUUGACUGAGAUUACAGCAUGCAAUGUACUUAAAUCAGCGAUUGAAAUGCUCACAUCUACAGACUGGUUGUAUGAGAGCAUGAUUAUCCUUCUAUCAGAUGAGGACCAGAUAGAAACAAAUUCUGAUGUCAAAUGGACGGACACAGAUACAACACAUUCCACUGAACAAACACAGCCUAACAGACACAAAGGUACAGAGGUUGCUGUCAAACUGGAAGAAGUAGUGCUGUGUGAUGAUACCAUUAAUGAAAAUAAUGUUGGAAAUGCUCAAGUAAAAGAUCAGAGCAUUCUUUCAGAUGAUGAGUGUGAGAAAGACAGGAAGGUAAUAAUCUCAGAAAACAUUCCUCAGAUAUUGCUUGAAGAAGCUGGUUGUGAUAUACAUGAUAGAGAAAUAACGGGUGCUGAAAAUGUUGACAUGGACAAAGAUGAGUUUGAGACGUGUAUAGAAGAGAAAUCUGACUGUGAUAAAGAUGAUGAAAGAGGGAAAGAAGAUGUUUGCCCACCAGAUGAUUCCACCGGGUUAAAUGAAACUUCUGUUGAAACACAAACUCUUCCAGCACAAGGUUUUGAAUCCUCUCAGGAGUCCAACAAAUCUGUGGUAGACACAGAAACAGUACAGAAUGAUGCUUUAAAACCUGCCCCCACCUCUUCAAAAAAUGACAAUAAGAAAAAAACUAGUUCCUUUUUCAGUCUGUUUAACAGAAGGAAAGACUCAACAAAAUCCAGGAAUGAUUCAACUGCUUCAAACUCUACUGGCUCUGGUGAUGAAUUUCAUCGCUCAAGAGGAGAUACGUUUGAUGAUGGAGAAGUUUUCCAUACAGUUAUAGGUGUGGAGUGUUCUGAGGAGGCUGUUCCUGUGAAGCGGGGUGCAGUGGUACAGUUCUUUAUGCAGGAGGAGGAGGAUGAAAAGAGUAUGGAUAUGCUGACCUUGGACUCAGACAAAGAUAUGGUUGAAGACAGUUCACUACUUUUUCAGGAUGUGAGCAUUCCAGAAACGGAAGAACGUCAGGAAUACAGGAGCUCCUCUAAAUACACUCUCUACACUAUAGAGUUCAAUGCUCUGUAUUUCACGGAUGGGCCUCCAUUGAUGAAGAGUGGAGCUGUAAAACGUCGGUUUCGUGAGUUUGUUAAUCUGCAGGCCAGACUAGAUGCCAAGGAUAACUACAAGAAACUGCUUAAAGAAACAAAAGGCCCAAGUCGGUGGAACACCCUGCCAUUCAAGAAUAUGGACAAGGAUAAUGUGGAGAGUCGAAGAGUUUUUCUGGAGAAGUUCCUGAAGUCGCUGAUCCUGAUCGAGGCAGUCUGCAAUGGCCCAGAGCUCCGUGAGUUUCUGGCCUAUGAGGGAGAUGGUCAUACGUUCGUCAAGAAAGCUCGCGAGAUAAGUGUACCCAGGCUGGAUAAGAUGUUUGUCAAGACGGCGUCUGUGGUGUUUGACAAGCUGAAGUCAAUUCCUGACAUUCCCCAGAAUGUCAUCUCCGCAGUUACGAAACGGGACCGUUCAGUAGAGAGACAAGAGGACCGCAAGGUCAUGGAGGACUCCGACAAACAGGAGUUGGAGUUUUCCUGGCAGGAUCCAGACUCAGACUCUGGGUGUAAUCAGUGGCUUCAGGCUCUGGACGAGUAUGUCAGUAAUUCUGAGAAAAGUACAGAUGAUGAUGACAGCAACACUAUGAUCACAAGCAUGGAUACGAAGGAGAAAAAGGCUUUGCUUGAGGAAAUUCAUGCCAGGUUGCCACGGAUACAGGGAGAUGGUUCAGAAGCACCAGAUACACUGGUUCAAGAAGGAAAGGGUCAAGUUAUACCUGACCUUCCCCUUGCUAAUGCUGUCCUUGACCUGGCCCUCCAGACCAUCCAAGGUCAUGAGCACUGGAUGACACGUGAAAGAGUACUUCCUGUGACAAGGAUUGUGAUUGGAAAGGCACUUGACAGGUGGCUGUCUGACCAGAUCAGCUACCUAACAUCGCCAGAACGCUGGGUGUAUUACUCUCAGCUGCUGCGGAAAGCAAUAUGGCCAGAAGGGAAGCUGUCGACCGAAGAUAAGCCAGUUAAACAGGAGAGUGAGAAGGAGGCAACGCGGAAACAAGCCAAGCAAUGUCUGAAAGAUUUCUUUCCAGACUUCAUUGAACGUUUGGCUGGAGCGGAGGAUUAUGACACUGCAGCUGAUCAGAUCAUUGACGUCCUGCAGUAUGAGAAACUCAAUCGGCAUCUGCUGUACAUGUUCCUGGAGAUUCUCACAGAAAAACUGUUUCCAGAAAUCUCCGCAUCGGAACUGCAAGAUAAAUUAUUCAGUUAAUACAACACAGAGACUGCCAAAAUGUUGCACCUUUAAAUAUAUCACAAACUGUGAUUGUCAACCAAGAAAGAUAUCAUAAAUUUCCAGUCAUGUGAAGUAGUUCCCUGAUAUAGGUUGUGCAUAUUGCUUCAGGAGGUAGUUCCCCACACAAGUUGUGCAUGUUGGAUGAGAGGGAAGCUCCCAUACUUGAGUGUGUGAAUACAGACUUUAACACUCAUUAAUCAGUAGGCUUUGUGUUGUUCAAGCUUGCACUUUCACUAUCGCAUAAGACUGCACAAGAAAUUGAGAGGACCACAUGUACUCCAAGAUGGCUGUUGUAUUCACGCACAUAUUCCAGGAUGACUGUUCCUCCCAUUCUCGAAGGCUGCAGAUGCUCUUCACAUUCCAAGAUGGCAGUCUUCACAUGGUAAACAAUGGCGUCUUCAGGCAAAAGCCCUAGUAAUCUUUAGAUCAAUAGUAUGAAAGGAUUGUAAAGAACUACUGUAUGUAGCAGUAUUGUAGCGUGAGUUUAAAUGUGCUAUUACUUUGAUGACAAUAGUGCUAAUACUUAUGGACACUGCAAGGUCAGAAGACUGAAAAUUGAGACAGUGCUUGAUGUAAUAAUUUUAGGUUAAUAUUGGUAGCAUUCUGAACAAUGAACAAGUCUAAAAGGCCACAUGAGAAUAUAUACUUGAAUGCAUAGGCCUUGAAAUGUUUAAUGUUUAAUAAUGUUUAUCUUUUUGUGAUUCAGUGCUAACUAUUCCUGUUUAUCUGAACUCAUUUUGUUUGUUUGGAUCAGUAAAAUAUCUAGUUUCACAAUUAGAAUCCUAAAUCCCAAUAUUAUCCAGAAUCUAAUGUGAGAGUUAUCUUUCCUUGACUAUUCCUCAUAGACAAGUAAUGUCUCUUCCCAGCAAAGAAACAUCAUUAUUUUUAAUGUACUACAUCCUCACAGAUGAACAUGUUGAUCCAAAGGGAGGACAUGUCUUCAGAAAAUCUAGUCCACAAAUAUUAUUCUGCCAUAUAUCAGGGACCAUUCAUAAUUUAUGGCUAGGGGGCUUGAUGAUGAUUUUCAGGGGGGUGUCAUCCAUUUUGUU